AUGCUCGGGAUCGAAGCGUCGGACCACCCGUGGCUGCACCUGCUCGCAGGCGUCGCCGUUGGUCUCGCCGCGUGUCUCGCCGCCUACGGUCUCUAUGAGCUCUACCGCCGCUGCAAGCGCCGGCCCAAGCCCAUCAAUCGGUACGAGUCGAGUCACUUGCUCGCCCGCGCCGACAUGGACUGGCCCGCGCUCAUGCCCGACGUCGCGCAAUCGUAUCUCUCGCCGAUCCCGGAAGAGCGGCUCAACGAAGACCUC